AUGUUCUGCCAAUAAUGGCUCUAGCGUCCCGUUAGUUCCAGCCGUGCCGGUUCAGAAGGGUGGGCGCCGUGGGCUGAGGAGAGGGCCUGCGUUAUCAUCGUUUUAAACCCUGGGACUUAAGUGGAAGAACGAGCUGUCAUGGAGAUCUUGUCAGUGGGGUUGCUCCUUCUAUUGGUUACUUCUGCCAACGGAGCCGGAGAGACAUUCACGGCAGGUGUAGUACACGUCUCUGACCAAUGUCAGACGUCAGGCGUGGACGCCAAGACCUGCCUUUCCAACCUCACCGACUAUUGCGGGGUGGCGGACGGCGCCAUCAGACAAUUCGGCGUCAUCAUCCCACAAGUCUCACACGAUCUCAAGAUUGAGAAUACCCUAGCUGACAGCACCGGGUGCGCUUUUGAAGCAGCAAAGAACCUUUUGGACCGGAAGGUGUGUGCACUGAUCCUGCUCGGUAAACAAGACGCCAAGAUGGGAGACGUCUUCUCUUUCGCCACAAGUAUCCGGAUACCCAGAAUUUACAUAAGCCCUCAUAGGAUACCAGGCAACCCACCGGCGGAGACCAGAGGGCUGAACUUCUAUAUGAGACCCCACGCGAAGGACCUGAACGUGAUGAUGACUGACAUUGUGUCCGCCUACGGGUGGAAGACGGUCGCCAUCUUGUAUGACGGCGUUUACGACAUAGAAGGAGCGGAGGAAAUCCUUGCGCGGGUCACCCAGAGAGGAAUCCGGCUGGGAGCGUUCCUGAUCCCCCCGAACCCGAGUGACAGCGACUUAGAGGCUGUUCUACUGAAGAUUAAGCAGUCAGGGAUUAGAAAGAUCGUACUACACAGCGAGGUGAACAUCAUUGACGCCGUCUUUCAGCAGGCAGUACACCUCGUGAUGCUGAAUCCCCAUUUUCAUUGGAUGAUAACCAACCUGGUCCGGUCGGAGUUGGACCUGAGCGGAUACAGACGUACGAACGCCCGGAUCACCACAUUCACACUGGCAGGGGGGUAUGAGGGGCUGGGGAAGCUGAGGAACCUCACGACAUACGAAGCGCUGGUGGUGGACUCCGUCGGCAUGAUGAUCAAAGGCAUCGAGAGGUUUCCCGAAAACACGAAUGAAGACGACUGUAGAGAUACUCUCAUACGAGAACUGACCAGUGGCAUGGAGUUCGGUGGAAGAGCGUUCGGUCCUGACGGCUACCUGACGAAGUUUAGCAUUGAUAUCUCCGAGUUUAAAAACGGCGUGCUUCAAUCUGUUGGGAACUGGACUCCUACUGAAGGCGCCAGACUGGCCAUUGACACGUACUACGACGAUAGUCCACUUCCGUUCUCCGCUCACAAAAUGUUCCACAUAGAAACCUACACGCAAGGAGUUUUCGUGAACUUCACGGAGAACGGCAAAGACCUGACAGGAAAUGACGUGUUUGAAGGUUAUCUCAUCGACGUUAUCAAGGCCAUAGCAAGUGAACUGAAGUUUAAGUUCGACCUGGCGGUUGCACGAGUCCACAAUGUGGGCAGCGUAGUCGGCGCGUCCUUAGUGGAGGGAGCUCAAAAGCCCAAAGACUUGGGUCUGAUCCUGACUCCGUUCAACUACUCUGACCAGGUGGACAUUACGAUCUCCGUCCUCAACCUGGGCUACACCGUUCUGUGGAAGAAACCAAAAACCAAGGCAGCUGACGUCGUCACCCUCCUGACCCCUCUGCAAAACUACACCUGGCUGUACAUCAUAGCCGUGUACGCAAGCGUGACCCUUGCGUUCUACGGCAUCAACAAGUUUGACCCGUUCGAAUGGGGCCUGCACAACCGGAGGCAGGGGAGGGAGGAGGACGAGAGCGAGCUGGCGGACCCGUACGGUGGGAGGAACAGCCCGUGGUUCGUCUACCGAGCUCUGGUCUUACAGGGUAUGGAGAAGGUACCGAGGUCGUACGCAGGGAAGCUGAUCGCGGCGGGGUGGCUGCUGUUCGCCGUGACCCUGGUGACGUACUACAUCGCGACGUUCGCGGGUCUACUGGUGGCGUGCUCCGCUAUGCAGAUCAGCGGCAUGGAGGACCUUCACCACCGCGAAGACAUCGCAUACGGCAUCAACAAGUUCCUUCCCCCGGUCAACAGCUUCUUCGAGACGUUCGACAAAGUUCAGGGAGAUGGCUUAAAACCCUUCAAGGAAAUGCACAACUUCAUCAGUGACAACCGAGUAGACGUGGUGGUCCCUACCGACAACACAGGCGUAGAAAAGGUACAGAAGGGAGUGUUCCUCGGUGUUCCGGGCACAUACUCCGAGACCGUGUGGAGACCCUACUCCUUCAUCACUCACUCCAAGAUCCAGUUCUUUGCGCAGGACCAGUGUCAACUGGAGACGGCAGGAAACUACUUCUUCCCGUACGGCCUGGGACUCGCCUUCCCUAAAGGCUCGAUCUUCCAGCAUGAGUUCACCAAGGAAAUCCUAAGACUACAAGAAGAGGGCGUGUUGGAGGAGCUGCAGAACAAGUGGAUGACGGUGACGUACGACUCCUGUAACUGUAACGGAGACGACCCCCUGGGAACGAGAGUCAUCGCGCCGGAAAACCUGACGGUCGUGUUUGUCGGGAUGGGCGUGGCCAUGGGCGUGGCCAUCUUCGUGGCCGUGGUGGAAUUCCUGUGGUUCUUCCAUAAGAGGGACGAGGAGUUUGAGAAACUGAACCCACAGAAAGCACUAGACACGAAGCUCGGACGGAGAUCAUCAGCGUCCAUUGCCUUCCGACGUCUGUCCUCCCUGUUCAGAAAAUCCAACAAGUCUUCCGUUGAGGCCCCACGGCCCCAGAAGGGGACGACCGGAAGCCCUUUUCUAGACCGGAACAGUCCUCCGUUCAUCAACCCCAGUGCCCCGCGGGGGCCGCUGCCGUACCGCGGGACUCUCCCUCGGGACAGGAUGACUGUAUCAGUCAUCCCCAUGGACAACAAAACCGCUCAAAAUGGUCGCGGGAUGCAGCUGACGUCAUCCUCCCCGGCCGCGACCUCAGGUGACCCCAACAUGGCGGAGGGAGGUGAUGACGUGGAGAGCACUGGUUACGGCAUGCACGGGGCGCGGUCUAACGACACCGGUCUCGGUGAGUCUCCACCCCUGGAUGACGACAUGUCCGCUCCGGGCAAGGCUCUGAGCUACACCGUUAACGUGCACAGGAGUGAGCAUGGGGACAUUAUCCGCCCCCCUCCUGAACCCCCUGUAGAGUUUGCACUAUGAUAUACUAGAGCUAGUAGGACGCUUUUGAGGGUUCGGCCCUGAGGCGCCGCCAAAAUGUGAUAGCACGCGUGACAUACCAGUGCAUGAACAAGAUGUAAAGCAACAUUAAGAAGACAACAGUUAGCGUAGAUAUAGCAAUACUAUCGCCUCCUUCUAAUUUAUAACAAGGAUUUAUCUACACGAAAUAUGAUGUGUAUGUAAUGUAACAGAAGUGCAUUAAAGAAAGACUGACAUGAUUCUAUGCAAGGCGAAUAAACGCAAGGAAAAUACACUAUACGUGUAUGCAGACUACCUGUGGGUAACAAUUGAAAGGAUAUGCCUACUGUUGAUAUGUAUAUCACAAGUUAUACAUCGCUAAAGAUACCAUUUCCACGAGACACAGGAAAGGCAUGCAGAUGCUGCUUGGAACAUUUACAAAUAAAUACAAAACAUUACAAAUAAACCAACUUCAAAAGACUUAACUAAUCGUUGCGAACCUUACAAUAUUGCAAUGAUAUAUGAUAUUAUUAAACUGUACGAUCGCUAAUAUGGUGUGAAAUAAAUCGUCACUGAAACUUGC